ACUAUUAAUUUAAAACAAGGAUUUUGAGAUAAUAAAUUGUUUAAAUUUUAUGAUAAUUAUUUUACUUCCGCCGACUGCCAAAGUCCAAAUACGAGAAAUUUAUCUAUUUUUUAAUUAUUUAAAAGCGUGGUGGCUCACAGAAGAUCCACGUCAAGUGAACCGCAUUGAAUCUCUCCUCCAAGGAUCAUUAAGUCAUUAUCCCAAUAAUUCAUAUCUUCACAUUCCUCAUAACAAAGAAAUCUCAUUGACCUACUUGCAUCUGCGCGUAAAAACCCUAAAUUUUCCCAAAUUUCCAAUCUCGCGUUCUAGGGUUCCUUUGCUCCUAUGGCGGAUUCUCCUCGUAAAAGGAAUUCUAAGUCCCCCUCCCCAUGGAGAGAGCAGUCCAGGUCACGAUCCAGAUCUAGAUCCAGGUCUAGAUCUAGGUCAAGAUCCCGCUCCUGGUCAAGGCCAAGGCAUGGGUCCAGGUCACAUAGUCGGGGCAGGUCAAGGUCAAGAAGUCGUGGCAGGGUUGAUGCUGGAAAUCCUGGAAACACACUUUACGUGACUGGUCUAUCUCAAAGGGUCUCAGAGAGGGACGUUGAAGAACACUUCUCAAAGGAGGGAAAGGUUGUAUCAUGUUUUCUUGUUGUGGAACCUCGUACUCGCAUAUCUCGUGGUUUUGCUUUUGUUACUAUGGACAAUGUUGAGGAUGCCAACCGUUGCAUUAAGUAUCUCAACCAAUCAGUUUUAGAGGGUCGAUACAUAACUGUGGAGAGGUCACGUAGGAAACGUCCAAGAACUCCAACUCCGGGGCACUAUCUUGGGCUGAAAAAUACCAGGGACUAUGGUCGUGGUGACCGUGGCAGGUACCGUGGUGGUCGUGAUGACAAUGGAUAUCGUCGAUCUCCAAGACGCUCACCAUAUAGAGGUCGUGAUUAUUCUCCAAGAUAUUCUCCUCAUGCUGGAAGAUCAAGGAGGGAGCGUUCUUGUUCACCUUAUUCACGUGGAUCUAGGUGAAGCUUGUCAUUUGGUUUAAGCAAUAUCUAGGAGGUGGAAGCUGGAGAGCUAGUUAAGUAUGGUGAAUGUUGAUGUAAUAUCUAGUUUGGACGAGCUUAAAGAUUGAUAUUUGUGGUUGUUGAAGCAGUUUUUCCGUAUCUAUUAAGCUUGUAGUUGUACCUUGGUAUUGAACUUUGGUUAGACAGUGUGUAAAAUGUCUCACCCUUGACCUUGAGCACGGACCUUGGUUCUAUUUGAAAGUAUAAAUCUUAGUUCUGAACAUUGCGUUGUA